UUUGAUAUGACGAUUAGAGCAUAACCCGAGUAACACGUUGAAUUCGCCAUAAUCAAGGAAACCUUUUCCGGGUGGGGAUCUCUGAAAUUACUCAGUGAGCAACCCUAAUUAACCUGAUUUUUUGCUGAUAAUCACUCUCAAUGGAAUCAAAUCACAAAUCCGGGGAUGGAUUGAGCGGCACCCAGAAGGAAGCAGCCCUCCGCGCACUGGUCCAGCGCACAGGAUAUAGCUUGGUCCAGGAAUUUAGAGGUUCCUAUAGAUGGAAGCAGUGUGUCUGGGCACGUGCCCAGAGCCAGAAGUGAGCAUGAGCACAGCAAUUCCUGACCUCAAAAAAAAGGAAAUAAUGCUUUGCAGUCCAUCAUUAUGCAAACUUUGCUGGAAAAGGAAAAUGGACAAAGAAAAUAUGGUGGCCCUCCACCUGGCUGGGAUGCUGCACCCCCUGAAAGAGGCUGUGAAAUUUUUAUUGGAAAACUUCCCCGAGACCUUUUUGAGGAUGAGCUUAUACCAUUAUGUGAAAAAAUCGGUAAAAUUUAUGAAAUGAGAAUGAUGAUGGAUUUUAAUGGCAACAAUAGAGGAUAUGCAUUUGUAACAUUCUCAAAUAAACUGGAAGCCAAGAAUGCAAUCAAGCAACUUAAUAAUUAUGAAAUUAGAAAUGGGCGCCUCUUAGGGGUUUGUGCCAGUGUGGACAACUGCCGAUUAUUUGUUGGGGGCAUCCCAAAAACCAAAAAGAGAGAAGAAAUCUUAUCGGAGAUGAAAAAGGUUACUGAAGGUGUUGUCGAUGUCAUCGUCUACCCAAGCGCUGCAGAUAAAACCAAAAACCGAGGCUUUGCCUUUGUGGAGUAUGAGAGUCAUCGAGUGGCUGCCAUGGCAAGGAGGAAACUGCUACCAGGAAGAAUUCAGUUGUGGGGACAUCCUAUUGCAGUAGACUGGGCAGAGCCAGAAGUAGAAGUUGAUGAAGAUACAAUGUCUUCAGUGAAAAUCCUAUAUGUAAGAAAUCUUAUGCUGUCUACCUCUGAAGAGAUGAUUGAAAAGGAAUUCAACAAUAUCAAACCAGGUGCUGUGGAGAGGGUGAAGAAAAUUCGAGACUAUGCUUUUGUGCACUUCAGUAACCGAGAAGAUGCAGUUGAGGCUAUGAAAGCUUUAAAUGGCAAGGUGCUGGACGGUUCCCCCAUUGAAGUCACCCUAGCAAAACCAGUGGACAAGGACAGUUAUGUUAGGUACACCCGAGGCACAGGUGGAAGGGGCACCAUGCUGCAAGGAGAGUACACCUACUCUUUGGGCCAAGUUUAUGAUCCCACCACAACCUACCUUGGAGCUCCUGUCUUCUAUGCCCCUCAGGCUUAUGCAGCAAUUCCCAGUCUUCAUUUCCCAGCCACCAAAGGACACCUCAGCAACAGAGCCAUUAUCCGAGCCCCUUCUAUUAGAGGGGCUGCGGGAGUGAGAGGACUGGGCGGCCGUGGCUAUUUGGCAUACACAGGCCUGGGUCGAGGAUACCAGGCCAAAGGAGACAAAAGAGAAGACAAACUCUAUGAUAUUUUACCUGGGAUGGAGCUCACGCCAAUGAAUCCUGUCUCGUUAAAACCCCAAGGAAUUAAACUCGCUCCCCAGAUAUUAGAAGAGAUUUGCCAGAAAAAUAACUGGGGACAGCCAGUGUACCAGCUGCACUCUGCCAUUGGACAAGACCAAAGACAACUAUUCUUAUACAAAAUAACCAUUCCUGCCCUAGCCAGCCAGAAUCCUGCAAUCCACCCUUUCACACCUCCGAAGCUGAGUGCCUAUGUGGAUGAAGCAAAGACGUACGCAGCCGAAUACACCCUGCAGACCCUGGGCAUCCCCACUGAUGGAGGCGAUGCUGGCACCAUGGCUACUGCUGCUACUGCUUUCCCAGGAUAUGCUGUCCCUAAUGCAACUGCACCUGUGUCUGCUGCCCAGCUCAAGCAAGCGGUAACCCUUGGACAAGACUUAGCAGCAUAUACAACCUAUGAGGUCUACCCAACUUUUGCAGUGACUGCUCGAGGGGAUGGAUAUGGCGCCUUCUGAAGAUACUUUUUUAAAUUUAAGAAUAAGACACACAAAACUCUAUUAAAAAAACAAAAACAAAAACAAAAAAAACCUCUAACUCGGUCCCCCAAUGAUCAUAAAUAAUAUCUUUCCUAAAGAAAUGCCUUUCCAGAGACAGUAUAGCUUAUAUCAAUUGUAGAAUGGUGAAG